UGUCGUUGCGUCGGGUAGUUGUUGGAAGAAGCACAGCGAAGAAGAACAGUUGGUGAUAGUAGGUGUACAUACAACAUACCCGCGGACUCAAUAGGGCAAAUACACAAAACAACAACACAGUACUGUAACAACACCGAGGAGAGUGGGUUGUUGUAAUUGCGAAUUGCAGUGUGGCUGUGUGUCUCUGCCUAAAUGAUUAUUAUAAAUAAUUACAAGUUUUGCGAGUUGGAAGAGAACAUCGCUGAAGCCGGGAUUUCGUACCGAGUAAUAGAACCUGUGAGGGCUUAGUGCAAACAAGACGGGUCUAGUGAGUGAGAAGAAACCGAAGAAGCAGAGAGAGAGAGCGAGCGCGCGGGGGAAAACAUCAAGCAAUAAAAAAUUACUAUUGUUUGGAUGGAUUUAUAAUUUUUAUUGUUUGCGUAAUAAAAGUAAAUACAUCGCGAGUGCUGUGGCGAGGGAAGCGCGAGGGUGAGCCCGUACAGCAUGGUGAAGAGCGCUUAGCCCGAAUAGAGGGAAGAACUUCAAGGCGAAGUAUAAAUAUUUUCACGUUUUUUUUUUUUGUUUUCCGACCCAAGAGGGAGCCCUGAGAAGAGCACUGGAGGAGAACAAGAAGAAGAGAAGCGCCGAAACCUUUUAGUGGAAGUAAUGAAAAUUUUGGUAAUUAUAAUUACCAAAAAUGAGAAAGAGCAAUUAAACUGUGUUAGGAAAUAUGAAAAUAAAAUGUGAGUGAAGAGCGGUGUACCUCGGGAAACAGUCUGGCUAAGCCUAAGCUAGAGAAACAGCGAGCGAGGAGGUGCAAAAAGAAGGAAAGAAUCAUUAAAAUACGAUUAAGUGACCAAAAAACUUGGGAAGUGCGCAAUGUUUUUUGGCGUUUUCGUAUAAAACAAAAAUAAAAGAAAUACAUGAAUAUGGAGCUAAACUGUGUAACAUUAUUGCUCGAGCGUUUGAAUGGUAAAUGGUAGGUAAAUAGCCAGCACCGGAAGAUCGUCGAGGGAGAAGCCGAAAUUGCUUCGACACGAGUGCUCACCGAGUGACGCGGCAAGUGUAUGCGAGACUAGACACGUAGUGCAAAAAACAUAAGAACAACUGAUGACAUUUGUGCACCAAAAUCGUCACCUCGGAUCGGUUAAGGCACAUGGUGCGAAAAUAAGCAUAUCGUGAACAAAAGUCUCCAACCAGAAGAGGAUCCAUAACAGACGGGUGUCUGUGUUAGAGAAGAACCUCGUGCGAGUCACCUGAUAAAAACCCGAGUGCUACGUAGGCAAACAGGAAGUAGACGAAAUCCUCCACACCGGUGAGCUUGCAUGUGUUAGUGUGAUCCUGGUGCUUGUUUUGAUUAGAGAACGACAAAUCCCAUCAAACCCGGAAAGUGUGAUACCAGUGUGCAACAACGACGACGACGAGAUGAACCCGCGUGAUAGGAAGAACUUGUGAAUAAAUUUCCGUAAAUAGACAUUCUCAAUUGAAAACUAAAUCAUAGAAAUAAAAACAUUCUUGAAGACAAUUGAACGCUAAAGCAAUGCCAUCGGACACACCGCCUCCGAUGCAUUCGUCCCCCAUCAUGGACAGCUCCGAUCGCCGUCCGGCAUCGGUUCCAUCCAGCACCGCGACCCUAUCCGGUGCCACCGGUUUCAAGCGGGACAAAUCAGAGCCCUUGCUGAAGCCAACGAUGACUCCGAAUCAGCAGUUCUGUCUCCGCUGGAACAACUACCAAACCAAUCUGACCAGCGUGUUCGAUCAGCUGCUUCAAAACGAAUCCUUCGUUGAUGUGACCCUCGCCUGCGAUGGCCAAUCCAUCAAGGCGCACAAGAUGGUUCUAUCCGCCUGCAGUCCCUACUUCCAGACCCUUUUCUUUGAAAACCCGUGUCAACAUCCCAUCAUCAUCAUGCGGGACGUCAAAUGGCCCGAACUGAAGGCCAUCGUCGACUUUAUGUACAAGGGCGAGAUCAACGUCAGCCAGGAUCAAAUCGGACCGCUGCUAAAAAUCGCUGAAAUGUUGAAAAUUCGCGGCCUAGCCGACGUAAAUGGCGAUCAGGAACUGAACCAAGUCGAGCACGCAGAGCCGUCGGUAAAUGCGGCCGAUGAAACGGGCUCGAACAACAGCAGCAGCAGCAGCUUAUUGUCACGAGGAAUCAUCAAAAACGAGGGCCGUCUCAUUUCGAUGGACCCCUCGCUUAAUAACAACAAUAACAACAGCUCACCGGGACACAUGCAAUCGAAGAAACCGCGAACAUCCCGGGAGCGGGAAUCCACCCAAAUCUCCAUUCGCGACUUCCCGCGGGAUCUUUCACGGGAUAUGUCCCGUGAACUGAAUGCUGCUGCUGCAGCGGCAGCGGCUGCAGCCGCAGGCGAGUGGCCUCUCAGCGCCGCCCUCGAAACCGUUCAGGCUUCCACCCCGAAAAACAACCGCAAACGGCGUUGGCCCUCUGGUGAACGAAGCAGCGUGGGCAGCCCAGCGGACAGCACUCCCGAUCAGCUGGAAGCGCCCUCGCCAAUUCCGCCGACUCCGUCCUCGAUAGCGCAACCGUCUUCGACGUCGAACCAGCAGAUGCCGCAGUUCCCCAUCCCACCGGCGCUCAGCGAGCAGAUGGCGGGCCUGUCGUCGCUGUCCGGCCUGUCCGGUGCGGGCGGUAGCGCCGGUGGCAGCAACCACCCGGACGAUAUGGAAAUCAAACCCGGCAUCGCCGAGAUGAUCCGCGAGGAAGAAAGGAAACCUGAAAACCUUUCCAAGUUCGACGAAUGGAUCAAAACACAGGCAAAUUCAAAGUCACAAUGUAGUACGAAUGGGGACGUCGACAACAACAACAGCAUCAUCAUCAGUAACAUGCUUCAGCCCAUCGGCAGCCCGAUGACCACGAUAGCAUGCACCAGCUUAUCACCAAGAACGCCAAUUCAGCACCAGAUGACAAAUUCAACAGCUACAGUGACGCCGACGAUCACCGCAUGGCAACGGCAACAUCGAAGCAACCCGAUACCGCACGGUAGCAGGAGUGGACAGUACAUAGUACAAUAA